AUAUACAAACGUCAAUUAGUAUUCAGUGAUCUGUGUCUUUUGUAGAUACAAUCUGACGCUUUUUAUUUUCGCAACUUUGUUGUUAAAAAGUUAUUAAUGAAGGUUAACAAUAAUUUGAAUGAAGAAAACACCAACACCCACUCUACCGUACAAAAUUCUGGAUCUGGUCGGUGAUAUAUUAUAAUGUCGAGCGGCUCGAUUCAAGGAGCUAAUAUGCCGACAAUAGGAACAAUGAACCAAGGAACAAUUCAAUAUGUGAAUAACCCAUUGCAAAGUCCUCAACUACAAUCUUCUUCUAUACAAGGAUCUCCGUCUCAACACAGCCCUAUGGGGCAGGCCCAAGUUAAUUCUAAAAGUAAUCAAAACUCUUCUGGAGAUCAGACAACACAGCUAUUAAGUAGACCAAGAUUGCAAGAACUAGUAAGAGAAGUGGACCCGACAGUGCAAUUAGAUGAAGAAGUAGAAGAAAUGCUACUGCAAUUAGCCGAUGAUUUUAUUGAUACUACAUUAAAUGCAGCAUGCUCCCUCGCCAAACAUAGACAUGCUCCUACUGUGGAGCUGAGAGAUGUACAAUUACACUUAGAGAGACAAUGGAAUAUGUGGAUCCCUGGUUUUGGUAAUGAUGAGUUGCGCCCAUACAAAAGAGCUGCAGUUACAGAAGCCCAUAAGCAAAGAAUGGCCCUCAUUAGAAAGACAAUUAAAAAAUAUUAAAAAUAUAUUACUACAUUUCUUAUUAAAAAUAUAUAAAAAAAUUAUCUGUAUUAUUCGAUCAUUACAUGGCCCACAGUGAUUAUGUCAUCAUAGUUCCAUGAAAUUAAUUGCAAAUGUUGCUUUUUAAAUUGAAAAUAAGUGCAUUUAUAUCUUAUUAUAAUUGUAAUUUAGGCCCUAUUUUUAACAAUGUAUCACACAAUUAUUUUAUUAUAUGAAAAAAAAUGUGUAGAAAGGUAAGAUAAGUAAAAAAGCAAGGUACACUCGAUCAAGUUUAUUUCAAUACUGAUACACAACAAUAUAUCGGUUAAAAAUAAUCACAUUAAGUACUUAAUGAUCACAAAAUCUUAAAAAUAAAUGAACAGUUGAUAAAUGGUACACAAAUAAUCACAGAUUAAAUAAUUUGAAAGAUAAUUUUUAGUGCUGGAAUGUUUAAAUAAAUAUGUGCGUGAAAAUGACGAAAAAUGUGUGUGUUGAUUUAAUUAACGAUUUCUAAGACACUGUCAUGUCUAUGCAACAAACAUUCAACUAAGUACCUAUAAGUAUUACCUAGGGCCUAAAUAAAAUCUAAAUACAGAAUAUCCUUUUUUAGUAAUGUCAUCAAGUUUAAUGACAUGUUAAUUUCUCAAUGGCAAUACAGUUUCUUACAUUCAUCAUAGUCGUAAAUUACAUGUAUUUUUGUAAUAGAUGAAUAAAAAUAAAACUUUUUCAUUGAUUAUUCUAUGAUCAUUUUAUUGAAAAUAUUGUAAUCAAUACAAUACUUUUAUUUUAAAAUUUGCUUGCAGCAACUUGCAGUGCAAAAUCUAAACCUUAAUUUUUAAUGUUAGGAAGGUUUUUUUAAUGUACACAUAAAAAAUAACUACUUAAGGCAUAUAAGCCUUGGUUAUUUUUUAUCUAGUAGUAUUUAGUUACCUUCAAUAUAAUUUUUAAACACAGACCAGUGUGGUACUGCCUACUUCACAGAACUGCCUUCUAAGCAUUACAAUACUUAAGUAUUUUAUGAAAUGCAAGCCCUUGUAGGCCCUACGAUUCAAUCCAAUUAGGUUUUAAUACUGAGAUUACUCUUCACACUCUACCGGCUUGUUGACGA